CUAGUUAUCUCUGCCUCUCGCUCUCUCUUAGUGGGGGGAGGAAUUUAUCGCAACAGCAGGCAUCAACCCUGACAGUACUAAGAGGAGCUCAAAUACAACACACAUGGCUUGGCGACACACAUGCACUCUCGUCCUUUUCCUUUCUCUCCAAUGCACACAUUUUGUGCAAGCUACAAAGAAGCUGACCUUACAACAAACUGCACACUGCACAUAGGAGACAGGGUGAAGGGAGAGGAGAGGUGGCAGCUCUUAGUCAGUUAGCAGUGUGUGACUAACUCUGCUGGAAAAGUCUGUAUGACAGGAGCAGUGGGAGAGACGAUAAGGACAAGACAAUAACUAUAACACAAAGAGGAAAAACGCUUCAACAACCAAGACGUCGGAGGAUUGCUGCCGACACACAAGUGAUGUGUUCCUUUGAAGGCAGUUGACACCAAGACAUUGUAGACAGCAAGUAAAGGAAUAAAGUUUACAUGGACUGACCCAUGGAGACAAGGAGCUGGAGGCUGUACUCUGGGAAAAGCUCAUCUUUUCUAUUCAAUUGCUGAAUAUCUCACAAAAGCAUCAGCGGUGCAGUUUUCACAUUUUUUCAGGACUGUCUGCUUUGACUGCCAUGCCCCUGUUUAGCUGGAUGAAAUGGACCCACGAAACAAGAGUGCAGGCUCAGGAUGAAGCACCUCUAAAGACCUCGGGGGUCUUACCCAGUUGCAUGUUGAUCAGAGAGCUUCUGUGGCAUGUGGAAGAACGUGAGCGGCUGGCAAGGGAAACCAUGGGUCUCCACUGGUUUCAGAAGUACCCCAGUUUACGGACCCUCAUCCCCACAUCAGAGCUACAUCAGCUGGAGUUCCUGUGUGCCCAGAUCCCACCCAGCGACGCAGCCACCGUACUCUCUAGGUUUCGUGAGGUGCUUGCCACUAACAACAUUAGGCCUUGGGAGCUGGCGUCUGUCUUCAAGCAGGUGCUAAGGGACUUCUUGAGCCAAAAGGAAUAUGAUGAAGACCACAACUUCUUAGUACAGCCAGCACAGCGGCGACCAAUGGAGGCUUGGACCAGCCGCUACAUAAUGAAGCAGGGCUUUGUCACACCCACGGUCGCCAACUGUGGAGACCAACCAAGGGAGGAGAUCCCAACAAUCUCUGGAUAUGUGGAUCGGGCCAUGCGGCACUAUGGUUCGUUUGAAGGGUCCAACAGGGACUGGGACCUUCCAUAUUACUAUCCAGUUUCUCUCAGGCCCAUAGGGACGUACAGCAAUACACUGCGAGACGACACACUGCUGUAGUUUUGUGUUAAACAUAUAAUACAAUUUUUGCAUUUCGUCUAUAUCCGUAUUAGUUGCAGAUAUAUCAUGUAGAGAUGCCCGAUCACAUUUUAGCCUCCGAUACCGAUUGUAGAUCAUCAAUGAGCAGUAUCUGUCAUUAGAGGGCCGCUGCCGAUUACUUUUGUGUUGUUUUGUUUAGUUAUAGCCGCUGAUAUCGCUGAUAUACUGUAGCUGUGUAAAGUAUUGGCCAGUUUGCCUGUUUGUAGUGUACUGGGAUCUCCACCAGGUGGUAGUGUAACCGGCUGUAUAAUGGUGUGUCACUCUAAGUAACCUCGCUUUACCAGACCAUUCACACGCUGCGGAGCCGAGGAGGGUCUGGCUACUCCACAUAGCAUUCCGGGAUGGGAGAAAAACGUGCUCUG